GUUUACAAGUUUAAAGUUUUUACUGUAGGACGGACACGAGUGCUCUUCAUAGACAAAUAUUGAUUAUAGGUCGUUUGAAAGAUCCUACCGCAAGAAUAACUCCGUACGGUGUUACAGAAUUUGGAACAGUCUUGCAAUUAGAGGAUACUGUACUUAAUACACAGUAAAACAUUUUUUUUUUAAAUAAUUGUAUGAUAGGCUUAACGUUUUUAUUUUACUAACUGUUUAUUUUCCAGCUGGCUAUUUUACAAUGCCGCGAAUGAGAUAGGUCGACAAAACAUACUGUCGAAUAUAUAUCGGAUUCGUUGUACUAAUAAGUGUUGACAAUGGUCGGAGUGGAGUGAGCCUUUUCGAGGAUAUUUGGCGCUAUCGGUCUGCUGUUCGGUGGUCUGGUCAUGACUCUCGGUAGUGUCUCCAGUACCGGGAGCUCGGCGGAGGGCUGCUUCUGCUCCUGCUGCGGAGAGAAGAUGAUGCCCUACUUCUCCGACAACGGCGUUGUGUCUCAGAACCAGAUCAACCAACUCAUCAGCGAGAGCUUCCUGACGGUGAAGGGUGCCGCUGUCUUCCUGCCUCGGGGAAAUGGCUCCUCCCCUUCCUCGGCACCCCACACCAGCCAGCUGCGGAACAAACACACAGGUGACCUCCAGCAGCACCUGCAGACCAUGUUCACUCUGCUGCGGACAGAAGACAACAUCCGCCUGGCUGUGCGCCUGGAGAGUGCGUACACUCAGCCUCAGUGCACGCGUUACAUGGUGGUGGUGUCCACCAAUGGGAGACAGGACACAGAGGAGAGCGUGGUGCUGGGCCUGGACUUUGGCUCUUCAGACAGCUCAUGCACAAUGGGGCUGGUUCUACCCCUGUGGAGCGACACACUGAUCCACUUGGACGGAGAUGGGGGCUUCAGUGUGUCCACGGUCAACAGGGUCCAUGUCUUCAAACCGGUCUCUGUCCAGGCCAUGUGGUCCGCCCUGCAGUCUCUCCACAAGGCGUGCGAUGUGGCCCGCUGUCACAACUACUACCCCGGCAGCCUGUUCCUGACCUGGGUCAGCUACUACCAGAGCCAGGUCUCCUCUGACCAGGUCUGCAUCAACGAGUGGAACGCCAUGCAGGACGUCCAGUCCCACCGCGCCGACUCGCCCGUCCUCUUCACCGACGUGCCCACAGAGAGGGAACGCACAGAGAGGUUGAUCAAGACUCGCCUCCGAGAGAUCAUGAUGCAGAAAGACCUGGAGAAUGUCACCUCCAAAGAGAUUCGCACAGAGCUGGAGAUGCAGAUGGCGUGUAACCUUCGGGAGUUCAAGGAGUUUAUUGACAACGAGAUGAUCGUCAUCCUGGGUCAGAUGGACAGCCCCACAGAGAUCUUUGACCAUGUUUACCUGGGCUCUGAGUGGAACGCUUCGAACUUGGAGGAGCUGCAGACCAGCGGUGUGAGGUACAUCCUCAACGUGACGCGGGAGAUCGACAACUUCUUCCCAGGCGUGUUUCAGUACCACAACAUCCGCGUGUACGACGAGGAGGCCACCAACCUGCUGGAGUACUGGAACGACACCUACAAGUUCAUCACCAAGGCCAAGAAAGCAGGGGAUAAGUGCCUGGUCCACUGUAAGAUGGGUGUGAGUCGCUCGGCCUCCACGGUGAUCGCUUACGCCAUGAAGGAGUACGGCUGGGACCUGGAGAGGGCCUUCGACUACGUCAAGGAGCGCCGCGGCGUCACCAAGCCCAACCCCUCCUUCAUGAAGCAGCUGGAGGAGUACCAGGGUAUCCUGCUGGCCAGUAAACAGAGGCACAACAAGUUGUGGCGCUCCCACUCGGACAGCGACCUCUCAGAGCGCCACGAGUCUCCCCUGUGUAAGACGGGCCCUCAGAGCCACACCCGGGGCCUCUCACACCCACACAACAACAACAAUGGACCUACGCCCUCCCUGCAACACUUCCUGCUCCAGGCGCUUGGUGCUGCCAAUGACCCUGACAACAAGACCGAGGGCUCCCACAUCUCAGACACACAGUCGGAGCCCGUCCGACUCACCCGCUCACUCUCCCACUCCCCUGGCCCACCAGCCUCCAACGGUCUGUGUGACUCCCGGGAGAGCCUCUUUUCUCGAGUGCGAGGACCCCGCCAGGACUCUUUCCUCCCACCGGCGGUCACGGUGGUGCCCGAGGAGAGAACGGACAACUCUGCUCUGGCGGGUGUGGCCGUGACUGUGCCAAUCACCGCCGUCCCCCAUCCUCCCCCCUCACUGCAUAUCCUCCCUCCUUCUCCCUUCCCCCAGCCACUGGCCAAACCCCUCCAUCUAGGUUUGAGCACACAGCUGUCCAGUCCUGUGCCUAAACAGAAAUCCCAGAGUGUAGAGCUGACCCUGGAUCUGCCUGACCUCAGCAGCUCAGAGGUCGUAUCUCAGGCCACCCUGGAGUCCAGCGACGACUCGGACACCCUGGGACGCUCCCUGUCAGACCCGCUGAGCGAGAGGGGGGACAGUGUCAGUAUGAUGUCCCCAGGGGGGAUCCCCAUGGCCGUGAGCCCUCUCACCCCAACAACGCCUCGGUCUUUAGGACCCUACGCCAACGAUGACAACAACAACCCCAGCGGCGGCAGCGACACAGACACUAUCCUCGCUAACCCCGUCGACGCCACAUGCGUCACCGCAUCCUCCAACCUCGGCACGGACAGCAUCGACUUCUUCAGCGCCCGUGAGAAAUUCCUGGGCCUGUCCCAAGACGGAAAGACCCGGACUCUUUCCGAGCAGAUGGCUCAGCGAACGCCUCAGUCGCGGUGCUCCAGCCAGGAGCUGCAGCCGCUGUCCCCCGAGAACCCUGCCGGAGCACUGCCACCACUGCCAAGCACAGAGAAAGAGGAGCAGGGAAAGAGUUCCCCCCAUACGGAGGACGGUAGCGACCGAGCCAGUCACGAAAAAGCCUCGUCGCCUCCCCAUCAUGACAACAGUGUGUCAGUCCGCCAUAUUGUCACGGAGAUAGAGUCCAUAUCCCACCCGCUGGCGGCGGCGCCCCUCUCCUCUACCCAGCCGGCCCCCCGCAGCCCCCAGCAGCUGCGCCCAGACGACCGGGACGAGGAGACCCCAUUGACCUCGCCCUCCUCCUACCCACAAUCCCCCUCCACGCCUCCCUCGGACUGGCCGGCCGGCUCGGUGCGCAGGGCCACCAAACAGCUGGAGCAGAGGCUGAGGCAGGAGCUGGACUUAACUCUCAGCAACAUGUCUACCCAACGCUCCCCUCUCCACUCCCCCAGUGCAGAGUUCCACCCCACGGGCUCCCCUCUCCAUACGCCAAACACGGACUGCCCACCCCUCCUCYCUCCUACAACAGACUGCCCCGAGCAGCGUAGGCCUACCCCUGCUCCUGAGCAAGGAAGAACUCUGAACGAGGCUUUCACUGUGUCUGCAGAGCCCAAAGGAGAGACGGAGCAGGGAGGGUUUGUCGUCUCAGACAUGGACGUUGCCCCAGCCCCUUCCUUCUCUCACUACCCAGAUGCCCGCCACACCCCUAAGCCCAUCCCAAUCAUCGUGCGCUCUUCACUAGAGCCAUCUAAAGUUCAGCCCCAGUCCCCCCCUGCACUGCUGCGGCUGGAGGGGGUGACGGCCCUUGACUCAGACACGGAUGGCCCCUCCCCUCCCCACCACGGAAGGCUGGCCCUGGCACGCAGCAGUGAGGAGCUGGAGAAGAUCCAGGAGACUCUGAGGGAGCUGCAGGCCUUCCUGUACGAGGCGGGGGGCCUGGGGGCUGGAGAGAGACCRGGUCAGGGGCAGCAUCACAGGGAAACUCCCGUGUGGCAGAGGGCCAUGGAGAUAGAGGCACGGAUCCGCCAGGCGGGCCUCACGCCCCCCUCUUUGAUGAAGCGCUCAGCRUCGCUGGCCAAGCUGGACUGCCUGGAGCUGUCAGCCAARGACCUGAGUGACUGGGACCUACGGCCCACCACCGCCAGCCCUCACGGACCKCCAUUGAUGCCCACCCAUCACCCCUGCUCCCACCAUCACCCCAGCCCAGACGAUGUCUCCAAGAAGCAGCGGGUGUUGUCCCGGAGCCCCCCCACCACCCCCAGGGCCCCCAUAGGGYGGGUGUACCCACUGGACUCAGACAGGACUGAUAYGGGCUCCCAGAGUGCAGGGAGUGAUCCACCCUGUCUCUCCUCACCUCCAUGUCUUGUUCUUCAAGGGGAGGAGGAGCUAGAGACAGGCCUCUCCCCCCGGCUCACCCGCACCCAGUCCCCUGCGAGCGCUCCCGACGUCACUAUGACAACCGCGCAGCAGCAGCCCCGCGGGAAGAGUCACCCGCUGCGGCGGCUCCGCAAGGUUGCCGACAAGAAACGGACUGCCACUGUUCUCUACCACACCAUGUGACCUCACUGCACUCGGCCCGAGGGUGUCUGAGUGUGUCUGAGUGUGUAUGCGUGCGAGUGUGUGUGCGUGUGGUGUCCUAGGCCCUACAUGUGCAUUAUGGUCCAGACUGUCCCCCUUGGGCCUUGUCUGUAAUGUGUGUGUGUGUGCACUGACUAGCUGUGUUGGACUCUGUAAUCUGUUAGUGUUCAGGUGAAUGCUGACUCUGGAGGUUUGUGUUACUGUAGGUGCUUACCCCCCCCCCCCCCCUUUUUAUGGUUUCUAAAACAGUUGUAAUUUCUACAACUAAAAAGAGGGGGCUGUUUCUCAAAAAACAUGCACUUUACUCUCUUGUUUUUACCUUUUAUUUMACCUUUUUUAUUAUUUUCCAGGGUAGUGUUUUUGCACUGAUUCUAUGGUAGCCUGUCUGUGUAAGUCACAUCUUUUUAUUCUUUUCAAGACAACGUUGAUCUUUUUUUAUCCUGUUCUUAGCUGUGACUAUUAAAGAAACAAAAGUACGUAUAUCAUGACUCCUGUGAUUCCUUAUUGAAUUCAAGAGGAUGUUUUUUUAGGAGAUCCCCCUGGGGUGCACUGCGUUCAGUUGUAAACGCUGUGGCGUGUUGCAGAUAGGAAUGUCCUGAAUAGAUAUGACAUGGUUCCUUAGUCUACAUGUCAGAGAGGCAUGUUUGUUCCACAUAACAUAUUUCUAUCCGAACAUUCCUCAAAGUUGUGCCCUGCUGAACUCAGCCCUGUUUCAACAGCCCCACCUUAUGUUGAGGAUCUGUCUUUACAUCCCCCAUGUGGACAGGACAGGAAGUGCCAGUAAAGUUGGGAAGGAGACGCUGGCUGGCUCUACCUUAUUUUGGUUUUCUGUGAUUCCUCGCAUUUCAUCUCCUCACCUUCCUCUCAAAUGUAUUGGAGAAGGUCCAAGGUCCCACUCUGAAGUUUUUAUCCAAUGUGUUUUGAGAAAUAUCCAGCCUCUACAUGCAAGUAAUGUUUCCCAAAGGUAGUGAAGUCUGCACUGCAGAAUAUUUAACGCUGACAAUUUUACUCCCCCGGUUCAUCGAUUUUUAAUUAAAAUAGUCUCGGAUUUAGGUUUCCAGCCUCCCAGAUGACGCAGAACCCUGUGUAGAUCAGACGCUAUCAUACUGGAAAGCGUUCAAAUAAUCUGCCUCGUAUGAAUGAACCGUAACGCCUGCCCCUAAAACUCAGUUUAACUAAAAUGUUGAAAUAUUUGUGAAAUAGUACACCAAAACAUUUUUAAUGGGUUUAUUAUGCAAGUUCAAUAUUUGGUCCUCCGCAAUGUCAAUAAUGGAGAGGAAAUUGUUUUAAAUGAGGUGUCUCAUCCUUGGUGCAGAUGUUUAGCUCCCUCCUGUAUACUGGAGAUGUUUACAUCCCAAAUGGCACCCUAUUCACUACAUAGUGCACAACUUUUUGGCUAUGGCCAUAUGGGCCCCGGUCAAAAGUAGUGACUAUAUAGGGAAUAGGGUGCCAUUUUGCAUUUGGGACGCAUGAUAUUUACCCUCCCCGUCUCUUUUUAAGGAUUCUCCACGCGUUUGCAGCACUGAGCCCCUCUUAGCGGUUUUAAUGUUGUUCAUUGAGGUUGCCUCUAUUCCAGACUGCCGACAGCUGAAUCAUAUUGGAUUCUUUGGCUGGAUGCUACAUAUAAUAGCACACUUCAUUACAGUGUUGUCUUGUCUUCCCAAAAUAACAGGAGCCAAAGGGCCCUUGGUUGUCACUGUAAACUGUUACCUGUGGCGUGAAAUGAUGUCAAGUACGUUGAAGCGCCGCCAGCAAAAUCAGAUUUGUUUUUAAAGAUGGUGGAUGUGAAUGGCGCUCAAAACAGCCUCUCUGUCUGGUUCCUAGGCUGUGCUUGUGCUGUGCUUUCACUUCUGUCAGUUGGUGAGCUGGCUAGUAGGUAGGGUAUCAAUCACCCAAUUAUGUGUAUAAACCCUGGAUUGCUGAUGCUAUGUAAUGGCCAAUGAGAGACUUUGACGCCACCGGCCGCCAUAUUGGCAGUCCUCCAUAGGAAUGAAUGGAAUUCUACGGUAUUUCAAUAAAUGUUUCAAAGACAAAAUGACAUGUUUAAGUCGCUCUGGAUAAGAGCGUCUGCUAAAUGACGUAAAUGUAAAUGUAAAUGUUUAAGCAUUUCUUUGUUAUAGUGGGGAUAGUAACAUUAGUACUCUAUUAAAAAAAAGUACUUUAGUGACCAAAGUCAGGAUGCCCAUUUGAAAGAUGGCACUCUACACAGGGCAAUGUCCCCAAUCACUACCCUGGGGCAUUUAAAAAGAGUGCCUCCUACUGGCCCUCCAUCACCACUUCCAGCAGCAUCUGGUCUCCCAUCCAGUGACCAACCAAGAUUAGCUUCACAGGCAAGCCAGCAGUGGGAUGCAGAGUGGUAUGCUACUGGCACAGAAUACAGUAUAUUCAGAGAUCAGCCUUGGUACGGUUGUCAUUAACUCAGUGGUGGAAAAAGUAUUCAAUUGUCAUAC